AUGGCGACAGUUGUGGUCCAGCAUCAAGUACGACACCCCGGAACGCCUCCUCCAGUGUCUCCAGCCCUCAGUCUCAAUGUCCGCCCUCGCACUCCGACGACUAUCCCGAAUAAGCACAUUCCAGUCUGCCCCCCUGGCUCUGCACCACAGGCCAUCUCGCCCGUCGAGCCGGCUGGUGCUUCCCUUACCUCAUUGCUGUACCCGCCAGACCGGUUCAAGAAGCUAUCCAAGUCCCCGCCAGUAUAUUCUAUUGACGGCGCAACACUCGCUGCGGCACUAGAUCAUCUGGCAACCCAGCCCCUGCCAGACCCUAAACAGGUCUUUCCCUGGCUGCAUGGCAUACAUCCCUUCAAUGGGGUGCAAUCUGCUUUCUUUGUCAACAGAAAAAGGUCUCUCAGGCGCAUACCAAGAUGCUUACGCGCUCUCACCCUCGUGAGUUUAGACGGUGACCUUACCAAGUCUCGUUUGCGGGGGGCAGUAGCUCUUGAUGAGAUCCUUGACCCUAGUGGCUCAGAGUUUAUUGAUGCCGAUCCUGUCUAUGGGUUUUCUGUUCGCAAUUUCCACAUCCAAACUGCCAAACUGGCACCGCUAUCGGAUAUAGUGAUCUAUGCGCGGAGAGAUACCAAUCCUUCUCAGUUGCUGGAGGCCGCUAAAAAAGUGGCAUUCGCACAGCAGCACUGGAGAAUGAAGCAUGAUCCGGCUCAAGAAACUCCAUUUUUCAAUACGUUCAUCUUGUCUGAAUCAUUUGAACAGAUUGAACAACGAUACGAAGACUUGGUUGCAAUAGAUUCUGAAGGACAAAUCACAGGCAAAGUGAUGGACUUUUUUCAAUGGGAGCGCAUUGAAAUGUGUAACAUGUCCAAGGCUUCCAUGAUUUCCAAAGGAGUCUGGCUGGGUCUGAGUCCUGAUGUACUUCUGUCUUUGGAUGACCAAGACCAAGAGGGUGCCAAUCAAUUUGACUUGUUGAUCGAAGCAAAUGAUCUUGCCUCUAUUCCUUGCCCUCGGUUAUUGGAUAAAGUACGCAAGGAUAUCGAGAACAGUGCUUUUGGUGAACCUCAUCUCUUGCAAUUUCCUUCUUCUGGGAGUGUCGUGCCACAACUGGAAGGCAACCGAGACGUGGAUGAUUUCAUUAACACCCUCCGUUGGAUGUAUUAUCUUGUCAAUCCAGAGGAAGAAGAGAGCGAAGCAGAGCUUGAUGAUCUAGACGAUAUUUCAAUUGAGGGGUCCAAAGACUCGCGCAGAAUCUUAAUACACUGCGCAGAUGGGUAUACUGAAAAUUCACUGCUCGCCAUCGCAUAUUUUAUGUUUGCAGAAGGACUCCCACUGCACGAAGCUUGGAUUAGACUUCAUCGCGGGAAGGGGCGCAAUUUCUUUGCCUACCCUUCCGAUGUCUUUUUCUUGCGGGAAAUUGAGCACCGAAUACUUCAAGAAAGCCCAGUAGCUCUGGCCAAGGGCUUGGAUCUGGCAAGUCUACCAGAGCCAGCGUGGCUUCAAAAGAUGGAUGGGUCACUUCCAAGUCGCGUACUCCCUUAUAUGUAUCUCGGGAACCUGGCUCACGCAAAUAAUCCGGACCUUCUACGGGCCUUGGGCAUUAAACGGGUGCUAAGCAUUGGGGAGCCGGUGUCGUGGUCUGACCAGGAACUUGACGAAUGGGGAGACGACAAUCUGAUGUUCAUUGGCCAAGUGCAGGACAAUGGAAUUGAUCCAUUGACGCAGGAAUUCGAUAAUUGUCUGUCAUUUAUUGAAAAAAGCAGAGCCGAUGGGUCAGCCACUUUGGUACAUUGCCGCGUUGGCGUUUCAAGGUCAGCUACUAUCUGCAUAGCCGAAGUAAUGUCCUCCUUGGGACUAUCAUUCCCUCGAGCAUACUGCUUCGUCCGCGCAAGAAGACUCAACGUCAUCAUCCAACCACAUCUUCGAUUCGUUUAUGAGCUUCUCAAGUGGGACGAAUUGCAACAACAGAAACGACGCUCAGGCCCGCUGAAGCGUGAACUUGAAUGGGCGACUAUCGCCCGGGAAAUUGCGUUGAUGAAUAGGCCUUAUUCCCGACAGCAAUGA